UUCUAUUUAAAAUAGUAAUGAAAAGCAAAUCCAGCAAAUAAUUUUAUUAAACGCAGACUUUGAUGAACAGUGAACUGAAAAUAUUAAGUUUACAGGUUAUCUUUGAGAGUCGUGGAGUCCUCAUUAGCGAAAUUUACAAUUUUAUUGCUUUAAAUUAUAUUCAAUUGAGAAUGAGCUGCUCAAAGGGUAAUACUAAGAGAACUAGACCCCAAAAACAUCAAAACAGAUCAGCAUUCAAAAAUGAUUUACAUGAUUCAAGUAAACAAACGAAAUUCCUUAACACAAUGGAAAUAUCCGGAGUUUGUAGCCGUUGUAAAGAAAUUAUCGAGUGGAGAAUCAAGUAUAAGAAAUACAAACCAUUGACUAGUCCAAAAAAAUGCAUUGGAUGUGAACAAAAAAAUAUAAGAUAUGCUUAUCACAUAUUGUGUUCUGGAUGUGCUUCAGCAAAAAAAGUUUGUUCUAAAUGUAAUAGGGACUUAACGAUUUGUGAGAAUGAACUAAAAGAAGAAACAAAGGAAAAAGGGAGUACUGAAAAUGUAGAUUUACAACCAAUGUUAAAAAAUCUACCAGAGAGAAAAAGACGCACAAUACUCAGACACUUAAAUAAAAGCAGUGAUGGGCAAAAUGAUUCCAAAAUAAAUAGACUAUUAUCUGAUAUGGAAAAGUUUAGCAUUGAUGAAGAUUGGUCCAGUGACAAUUUAAGUGACUCCGGGUGUGAAGAAUAGUUAAGUGUAUCAUACUUUUUGAGUCUAUAAUAAAUAUUAUAUAAAAGUGUU